AUGGACUUUUACUUCCAGCCUAAUGGCCAGCCCUCCAUGGGCAACGGCCAGAUGGUCAGCGGGCACUCGGGCCACACCCUCAACAUGCCCAACGGCCAGCAGCAGCAGCACCAUCUCCACAACGAUGCCAGCACCAUGCACUCCCACCAUAUGCUGGACGCCAACGGAAACCACAUCAUCCCCGCGGUGGUGUCGCCUCCCAACAACUUUGACGCCAUCGACUGCUCGCCGGACGCCCUGGACUGCCAGAUUAAGGACGAGCAGUUCGGCUUCACCAACCCCGCGCACCAGCAGCAGCAGCAGCCGCAGCUCUUCGACAUGAACAACAUGGGCCACAUGGACUCUACUAACCCUUCCAACAACGGCGGCGAGAUUCCCGACGACCAGAUGCAGGCCAACGAGCUCGACGACGACCUCACAACCAAGCGAAAGGCUCAAAACCGAGCAGCGCAGCGGGCGUUCCGAGAACGGCGAGAACAGCGCCUCAAGGAGCUGGAGGACAAGGUCGCCGAGGUUGAGCAGGAGCGAGAGCGUCUUGCUUCCGAAAACGAGCGUCUUAAGCGGGAAAACACAGUCAUCACCACCGAAAACAAGGUGCUCAUGGAGACGGCCGUUUCCAAGGGCCCCUCCUCCCCGGACCCCACACAACCUCCUAUUGGCAAGGCCAACUUCCCCUACAAGCAGCUGCAGGAGAUGCGGGCCAAGACCCAGGAGACUAUCCUUGGUGGUCACGAGCCUCCCGGAGAUAAGAACCUCAAGAUCAUCUACCAGAGCGAGGUCAGCAACGAUACCAUGCUAGGAGCGGCCGCCGUCUGGGACACGAUAGCCAAGCACGCCGAGGAGGAGGAGUUCGACAUUGAUCUUGUUGCCCAGCUCAUCCAGGGUCAUCAGCGAUGUGAAGGCUUCGGCCCCGUUUUCCCUCUCAAGGUUGUGGAGGAUGCUAUUCGGGAGGCCAUUCGACAGUACGUUUAG